AUGGUUGAUUUUCCCUAUUCAAGUGCGCCGUUGCGUACUGUCAAAGAAGUCCAAUUCGGUCUCUUUUCUCCUGAAGAAGUACGGGCAAUAAGUGUAGCAAAGAUUGAGUUUCCUGAGACAAUGGAUGAAACACAAAUGCGAGCCAAGGUGGGCGGUCUUAAUGAUCCUAGAUUAGGGUCCAUUGACCGUAGCUUUAAAUGUCAAACAUGUGGUGAAGGCAUGAAUGACUGUCCCGGUCAUUUUGGCCAUAUCGAACUAGCCAAGCCAGUUUUUCAUAUUGGGUUUAUUUCCAAGAUUAAGAAAGUUUGUGAGUGUGUUUGCAUGCAUUGUGGUAAACUUCUACUUGAUGAGCACAACGAGUUGAUGAAGCAAGCGAUAAAAAUAAAAGAUCCUAAAAGAAGAUUCAAUGCUGUAUGGUCAUUGGCGAAAACUAAAAUGGUCUGCGAAACCGAAGUUCCCUCUGCUGAUGACCCCACACAGUACGUUUCAAGAGGUGGAUGCGGUAACACGCAGCCAAGCAUUCGAAAAGACGGUUUGUCACUUGUUGGUACUUGGAAAAAGGAAAAAGGAGCUGAUGAUACUGAUCAGCCAGAAAAACGUAUUAUUUCAGCUGAUGAAGUUCUUAAUGUUUUCAAGCACAUUUCACCGGAAGAUUCAGUGCGGUUAGGAUUUAACGAAGAUUUCUCUCGUCCCGAAUGGAUGAUUUUAACCGUCCUUCCCGUUCCACCGCCACCUGUUCGUCCAUCUAUUUCUUUUAAUGAAACACAGAGAGGUGAGGAUGAUUUGACAUAUAAACUGGGUGAUAUACUAAAAGCUAAUAUUAAUGUGCAAAGGCUUGAAAUAAAUGGUUCCCCCCAACACGUCAUUCAAGAAUCAGAGUCAUUGCUUCAGUUUCAUGUUGCAACUUAUAUGGAUAACGAUAUUGCAGGUCAACCUCAAGCUCUGCAGAAAUCUGGUCGUCCUAUCAAGUCCAUUCGUGCUCGUUUGAAGGGUAAAGAAGGUCGUAUUAGAGGUAAUUUGAUGGGGAAACGUGUCGAUUUCUCAGCACGUACUGUUAUUUCCGGUGACCCAAACUUGGAUUUGGAUCAAGUCGGUGUUCCUAAGUCUAUUGCAAGAACUUUGACUUAUCCAGAGGUUGUCACGCCUUAUAAUAUUGAUCGUUUGACACAACUGGUUCGUAAUGGUCCGAACGAGCAUCCUGGUGCUAAGUAUGUCAUCCGUGAUAAUGGUGAUAGAAUUGACCUCAGAUAUAGCAAAAGGGCAGGUGACAUUCAACUUCAGUAUGGUUGGAAGGUCGAACGUCAUAUUAUAGAUGAUGAUCCUGUUUUGUUCAACCGUCAGCCUUCUCUGCACAAAAUGUCUAUGAUGGCCCACAGAGUGAAGGUAAUGCCUUAUUCAACUUUUAGAUUGAACCUUUCAGUCACUUCACCAUAUAAUGCCGAUUUCGAUGGUGAUGAAAUGAACUUGCAUGUUCCUCAAUCCGAAGAAACUAGAGCAGAAUUGUCUCAACUUUGUGCGGUUCCACAACAGAUUGUUUCGGCGCAAUCAAACAAACCUUGUAUGGGUAUCGUGCAAGAUACUUUGUGUGGUAUCCGUAAGAUGACUUUAAGGGACACAUUCAUUGAACUUGAUCAGGUACUGAACAUGCUUUAUUGGAUCCCAGACUGGGAUGGUGUAAUUCCUGUGCCCACUAUAUUGAAACCAAAACCUCUUUGGUCCGGUAAACAAAUUCUGUCGAUCGCCAUUCCAAGCGGUAUUCAUUUGCAAAGAUUUGAUGAAGGAACGACUCUACUGUCACCAAAAGACAAUGGUAUGUUGAUCAUUGACGGUCAAAUUAUAUUUGGUGUCGUAGACAAGAAGACGGUAGGUUCAUCUAGUGGCGGUCUUAUCCAUGUUGUUACCAGAGAAAAGGGUCCAAAGAUAUGUGCAAGGCUAUUUGGCAAUAUUCAAAAGGUUGUCAACUUUUGGCUAUUACAUAACGGUUUUUCGAUUGGUAUUGGUGAUACAAUCGCUGACGAAAAAACUAUGCGGGAGAUUACCGAAGCUAUUAUGAUUGCCAAAAAGAAGGUCGAAGAGGUCACAAAAGAGGCUCAAGCUAAUUUAUUGACGGCUAAACAUGGUAUGACUUUGCGUGAGUCGUUUGAAGAUAAUGUCGUUCGUUAUUUGAAUGAAGCAAGAGACAAGGCAGGAAGGUCCGCAGAAGUAAAUUUGAAAGAUUUGAAUAACGUCAAACAGAUGGUAAGUGCCGGUUCGAAAGGUUCAUUUAUUAAUAUUGCCCAAAUGUCUGCCUGUGUGGGCCAGCAAUCUGUAGAAGGUAAGCGUAUCGCCUUCGGAUUUGCAGACAGAACCCUUCCUCAUUUCUCCAAGGAUGAUUAUUCUCCAGAAUCCAAAGGUUUUGUUGAGAACUCCUAUUUGAGAGGCUUAACACCUCAGGAAUUUUUUUUCCACGCGAUGGGUGGACGUGAGGGUUUGAUUGAUACAGCAGUGAAAACCGCAGAAACCGGAUACAUCCAACGUCGUUUGGUGAAAGCUCUAGAGGAUAUCAUGGUACAUUAUGAUGGUACAACAAGAAAUUCUUUGGGUAACAUUAUUCAAUUUAUCUAUGGUGAAGAUGGAAUGGAUGCUGCCCACAUUGAAAAGCAAUCAAUAGAUAGCAUAGCGUCAUCUGAUGCCGCCUUUGAAAAGCGGUACAGGAUCGAUCUACUAAAUCCAAAUCAUGCACUUGAUCCUUCACUUUUGGAAUCCGGCUCUGAAAUUAUUGGGGAUUUGAAACUACAGGCUAUCCUUGAUGAAGAAUACAAGCAAUUAGUCGAGGAUAGAAAGUUCUUGAGAAAGAUAUUUGUGGACGGUGAACAAAAUUGGCCAUUACCUGUAAACAUUAGGCGUAUAGUUCAGAACGCUCAACAGACCUUCAGAAUUGAUCACACAAAACCCACUGAUUUGACCAUUCGCGAUGUUGUCUACGGUGUUAGGGAAUUGGAAGAAAAGUUACUAGUUCUUCGUGGGAAGAGUGAGAUCAUACAAGAAGCGCAAAGGAAUGCUAUUACUUUGUUCUGUUGUUUGUUACGCUCUCGUCUGGCUACCAGAAGAGUCAUUCAAGAAUACAAAUUAACUAAGCAAACGUUUGACUGGGUGUUGAGCAACAUUGAAGCACAGUUUUUGAGGUCCAUUGUACACCCAGGUGAAAUGGUUGGUGUUCUAGCUGCUCAAUCUAUCGGAGAACCAGCCACUCAAAUGACUUUGAACACCUUCCACUUUGCAGGUGUCGCCUCCAAGAAGGUGACUUCAGGUGUUCCACGUUUGAAGGAGAUUUUGAAUGUAGCUAAAAACAUGAAAACACCAUCAUUGACGGUAUACUUAGACCAGAAUCAUGCAGCCGACCAAGAAAAAGCAAAGUUAAUUAGAUCUGCCAUUGAGCACACAACUCUAAAGAGUGUCACGGUUGCUUCUGAGAUUUAUUAUGAUCCUGACCCUCGCUCAACAGUUAUCGACGAGGAUGAAGAAAUUAUCCAGCUUCAUUUCUCAUUGAUGGAUGAGGAAACUGAGCAAUCGCUAGAUCAUCAAUCCCCAUGGCUAUUGCGUCUCGAAUUGGACCGUGCAGCGAUGAAUGAUAAGGACUUGACUAUGGGACAAGUUGGUGAAAAGAUUAAGGAAACCUUUAAAAACGACUUGUUUGUCAUAUGGUCUGAAGACAACGCUGAAAAGCUGAUCAUCCGUUGCCGAGUUGUUCGUGAUCCAAAAACUUUGGAUGCGGAGGCUGAGGCAGAAGAGGAUCACAUGCUGAAAAGAAUAGAAAACACCAUGCUUGAAAGUAUCACCUUGCGUGGUGUUGAGGACAUUACGCGUGUUGUUAUGAUGAAAUAUGAUCGUAAAGUACCUAGUCCAACUGGUGAGUACCACAAGGUUCCAGAAUGGGUUUUGGAAACAGAUGGUGUUAACUUGGCGGAGGUCAUGACCGUUCCAGGUGUAGAUUCUUCUAGAAUUUACACCAACUCCUUCAUAGAUAUUAUGAAUGUCCUAGGUAUUGAAGCAGGCCGUGCUGCUUUGUACAAGGAAGUCUACAAUGUCAUUGCAUCAGAUGGUUCGUAUGUGAACUACCGUCAUAUGGCUUUGUUGGUUGAUGUCAUGACUUCUCAAGGAUUCUUGAUGUCUGUGACUCGUCAUGGUUUCAAUAGAUCCGACACGGGUGCAUUAAUGAGAUGUUCAUUUGAGGAAACUGUAGAGAUUCUUUUCGAAGCAGGUGCAUCUGCAGAAUUGGAUGAUUGCCGUGGUGUCUCAGAAAAUGUGCUUUUAGGUCAAAUGGCUCCGAUCGGUACCGGUGCUUUCGAUGUUAUGAUCGACGAGGAAUCGUUAAUUAAGUUCAUGCCAGAGCAGAAGGUAAGCGAAGUAGCUGAUGGCCAGGAAGGAGGCAGCACUCCAUUCAGUAAUGAAAAUGGACUUGUCAACACAGAGAUUGAUGUCAAAGAUGAAUUAAUGUUCUCGCCAUUAGCGGAUUCAGGGUCUUCGGACGCUAUGUCAGGAGGAUUCACUGCCUAUGGCGGUGCUGACUACGGCAGCACUACAUCCCCAUUUAGCGGCUAUGGAGAUGGCCCAACGUCACCAGGUUUUGGUGGCGUAUCUUCUCCCGGUUUUUCUCCAACAUCUCCGGCUUAUUCACCUACAUCACCAAGCUACAGUCCUACGUCGCCAUCCUACUCCCCCACUUCGCCCAGCUAUAGUCCUACGUCACCAAGCUAUAGCCCAACAUCACCAUCAUAUUCCCCCACCUCACCAAGCUACAGUCCGACAUCACCAUCAUAUUCACCUACAUCCCCCAGCUAUUCUCCUACUUCACCCUCAUAUUCUCCUACCUCUCCAUCCUACUCACCCACAUCACCUGCUUAUUCACCCACAUCGCCAUCCUACUCACCAACUUCGCCAAGUUAUAGCCCUACUUCACCAAGCUACAGCCCAACUUCACCAAGCUAUAGUCCUACUUCCCCAUCCUAUUCUCCCACCUCACCCAGCUAUAGUCCAACCUCACCCUCUUAUUCUCCAACAUCGCCUAGCUAUAGCCCUACUUCGCCAUCCUAUUCACCAACUUCACCAAACUAUUCGCCUACUUCACCAUCAUACUCACCUACAUCUCCCAGCUACAGUCCUGGCUCCCCUUCAUACUCACCAAGCUCCCCUAAGAAGGACGGUGAAGAAGACAAGUCAAAAUAA